AGUUGUGUAGAGAGCAAGAAAGAUCUGCAAGACAUUACCUUCAAUUUAAACCUUAUUAUCAAAAAGAUUUUAACAAGAUGGCCCAGGAGAGUAAAAAGCAGAAAAGGGCAAAGUUUACUGCAGAGGAAACUGCCGCUCUAAUAGAAAUAAUUUGAAAUAGGAGAGAUUUCGACAAUAGGAAAUAUAUUGGCGAAAAAAAGAUUUAGAGAAAGCUUGGGCUCAAAUUACGUUAUUGUUUAAUAACGCGAAGUUUGGACCAAUCUCAACAUCUCAACGACUUAAGAAAAAAUGGAUGAGAAUGCAGAUGGAAGAUAAGAAAGAUCAUGAACCUGCUACAGGAGGAGAUCUAACUUCUAAAUCUGCCAGUGCUGAAAGUGAAGACAAUUUGAAGGGAUGGGAAAAUGACUCCUCCUCAAAAAUGGGACAGAAAGGAAUGAGUGUGGUUAAGGAAUCCCCUGGCCCUGGCACAAACACAGAUAUUUCAGCAACAUCUCAAGCUCCAGGUAAAAGAAUUCGAACUCGCAGCUUAACUGGCUCUGAUGGUUGUAGUAGUCAGAAUUGGCAAGAUAAGGAGGAACUAGAAAAACGUUUGAGCAACUUUCUCGUGAGAAAACGGAGCUUGAAAUUAAAAAAUUAAGGAGAGAAAUUCGAAAUUUGAAGGAUGAAAACAAAGAAUUUAGCAAGAAGCGAUUUUACUCAGACAGUUAAAAAAAAGAAGUAUAUCUAAAAUGUGACCAUGCAAUCAUUCUUUGUAAUGAUUUUUUUUUUAUUCAAACUUUCAUGUACAAGUUAUUUACAUCUUCUUAUAUAUUUAGUUUACAGUGCAUACACAUCACAUAUUCACUUCAUUUGAGAUUUAGAAUAUAAGUAUAAUAUAAACACAGUCACAUAAAAAAGCACCUGUACAAAUAGGUGUAUACACCGACAGACAGACAUAUAUAUGCACAAACAAUCUUGAAAACUUGCUUUUAUCAC